CGGCACGUCAAACUGUUAGCUGGGAAUGAGAGCUAGCUAGCUGAGCUAAGCUUAACUGCACUGCCUAAUGCGCGCUCAUGUUUACGAAUAGGCCUUCGUGGUUUAUUUGAGUUUUGUAUUUCGACACGAAGACCUACAGAAAGGAGUAUUUCUAACCGGAGCUGUCAUUUUGUAGGGUUUGAAGUGUGAGGUGAUGAGGACCUGAGGAAGAGUGUGAGUGCGCGUGUGUGUGUGUGAGUGUGGGUGUGUUUGAGGGCAAUGGGUGCCAACACCAGCCAGGUGAGCGACCUGGCAGAGAGUCAGAGCAUCCGCACCCUGAUCGGUCCCGAGUCCAUUUCAGAGAAUGAGCCCUUCUGGAACCAGCUCAUCUCUUUUACCUUCACCAGCCCCUCCUGCAGUGCCGAUGCCAAGCUCUUGGAGGAGGCGGUCAUCCCCCUCGCCAAAACUUUAAUCAAGAACAAUCCUAGAUCGGGAAACUUCAGCGCAUUAGUAAGAGUGUUCCUGGGGAGAACUAAAGAGCUGAAGAUCUCCACCGAAUGCCAAGAUCAGCUGUUUAUCUGGCAGGCCCAUAAUGCCCUGUUCCUGGUGCGCUGCCUGCUCAAAGUCUUCAUCAGAGAGAUGAACGAGGACGAGCUGCACUUACAGUUCGGCUACCACACGAGGGCGCCAGGAUCCUGCGACCAGAGCAGUGAAGAUCUGAUGGAGGAACUGAUCUGUAACUUGGUCCACCUCAUCGUGGAGGUGCCUCUCCUGGACAUCACUUACAACAUCCUGUUCGAGGCAGUGACCACCCUCCUGGUCCUUUUGUCCUAUCAGCUGUUCCACAAGGACAUUCUGAGAGAAAGUCGCGUCUAUCAGUGCCUCACUAGGGGGCGAUGUCUGUCUCUGACGAGUCGCUUGGUGAAGACGUUGCUGUAUAACUUCGUACGGCAGGAGAAAUGUCCUCCACCUUCAGCACACGUCUUCCAGUCCCAGGCAGACGGAGGAGGACUGCUGUACGGCCUGGCCUCUGGGGUGGCUAGUGGAUUAUGGAGCGUGUUUACGUUGGGCGGAGCCGGCAGCAGACCCGGGGCGGAGCAGGAACACAAUCAGUUACCCCUGUCCAAUCAGAGCCUGUUAUUACUACUGGUCUUGGCCAAUCUGACAGACGGGCCCGACUGGCCGAACCCUUACAGACAAGCCAUCACCUGCUUCAAAAACACACAAGAUACGUCCUCUAUUCCGUCUCCGCAGCCUCACACGUUUCAAAUCAACUUCAACAGUCUGUACACGGCGCUGUGCGAGCAGCAGAGGUCGGAUCAGGUGACGCUGUUGCUCUACACGCUGCUGCACCAGAACUCCAACAUGAAGACCUACAUGCUGUCCAGAACCGACAUGGAGAACCUGGUGAUUCCCAUUCUAGAAAUCCUCUAUCAUGUCGAGGAUAGAAACUCCCACCACGUGUACAUGGCCCUCAUCAUCCUCCUCAUCCUCACAGAGGACGACACGUUCAACCGUUCCAUACACGAAGUGACACUGAAGAACAUAAGCUGGUACACAGAGCGGGCUUUAACAGAGAUUUCUCUCGGCAGUCUGUUAAUCCUUGUGGUGAUUCGCACCAUCCAGUUCAACAUGACCCGCACCAGGGAUAAGUAUCUGCACACGAACUGCUUAGCAGCUCUGGCUAACAUGUCAGCCCAGUUCCGCUGCCUCCACCAGUACGCCGCCCAGCGCAUCAUCAGCCUGUUUGCACUGCUGUCCAAGAAGCACAAUAAGGUGUUGGAGCGAGCCACACAGUCUCUGCAGAGGCCGCUGGGAGCAGAUGGCGCGGCGCUUCCGGAUUACGCGCAGGACCUCAGUGUGAUCGAGGAGGUGAUCCGGAUGCUGCUGGAGAUCAUAAACUCCUGUCUGUGUAACUCGCUGCACCACAACCCCAACCUGGUGUACGCUCUGCUCUAUAAGAGGGAGCUGUUUGAGCAGUUUCGCUCACACCCUUCCUUCCAGGACAUCAUGCAGAACCUAGACACGGUUAUCGGGUUCUUCAGUCAGCGCUUGGAGCAGGCAGGAAGUGACCUGUCGGUUGAAAGGGUUCAAGAGGUCAUCAAGAAAGGGGCGGUGGCCCUGCCUAAAGACCGCCUGAAGAAGUUUCCAGACCUGAAAUUCAAAUACGUCGAGGAAGACCAGCCUGAGGAUUUCUUCAUCCCUUACGUCUGGUCCCUGGUCUUUAACUCCGGAGUGGGUCUGUACUGGAACUCUCAAGGCAUUGAGCUUUUCAGCAUGGACUCAGCCUGAGAGAAAGCCUGGUGAGUGCGUGUGAGUGCGUGUGUGUGAGACAGUUUAAGGGAAAAGAGUGAUAAGUUGUUCACAUUGUAAAGGCUUUAAUAAAUCCAGACACUCACACACCCGCGUCUCUGAUGUCCACCGGCGUCAGACUCCCCAGACUCACUUCCUCGUCAUCAGUUUCCGGGGCUUCCGUUACCUCCAGCAUCUCCUCUUCUUCUCAUCACCGACGAGGCUCUGAUGGAAUGUCAAUCAAAAUACUGCUUUGUUACUGGACAGUCAGUUACAUGGAGGCGGCUGCGGCGCUGAAUCCUGGGAGCGCUAGAGCUUUGCACGCUAUACCGAGUGUGAAGUUGUACUUUUUUUUUUUUCUGUCUUUUGGGCCCUGAUUAUAAUGUGAUGUUUAGUUUUCAUGGGUCACAUGUAACAGGUCAAGACUGAUGUGGGAAUCAACUACAUGACAGCUUUGGUCCUUAAUUCUAAGCAAGAAAAUAAAUAAAUCCGGACUUCAGGCAGAGGUUCAGCUUUAACCGGAAGCAUCGUUAAAAACCCCGUGUGCUUGUUUUUGUUGUUCAUAUGUUUAAAAGAAAUAUUUAUUUAUUGUUGGAAUUAUUUUCAUUAUCCCAGUUUUGCAUAAGUUUUUUUUUUUGUUUUUUUUAAAGCACUGCUUUUCCUUCUCCUGUAAAAUGAUGACAAAUAAGCAUAUUUUUACAUACUUAUAAAUUAUAUUAAAUAAAAAAAAUGAUGCUUAAUUUGAUUGUGUAUUCACAUAUUGCAUAGACAAAUCUAUAAAUAAUAAAUGCAUUGACAUGAAACACAUACAACAGCAUGUUUCUGCCACAAAAUUGUCCUUUUUUAUAAGAUUUUUUCUCUUUUCCUUUUUCUCUUAUCGUUACACAGCAUACAGUUCUAGUUUUCCCAAUUUUUAUUUUUUACAUCUGACGUGUUUUUGUAUCAUUUUGGUCAAUGAGAUUGAGAGUGUGUUUUUGUGAGUGUGUAUGUGUGUGUGAGAGAGAGAGAGAGAGAGAGAGAGAGUGUGUGUGUGUGUGAGAGAGAGUGUGUGUGUGUGUGAAAGAGAGAAAGGGAGUGUAUGUGAGAGUGUCUCCGUUUAUGUGUGUGAGUGUCUGAGAGACUGAGAGUUGUACAUGUAAGAGUGUGUGUGAGAGCCCGUGUGAGUGUGUUACAAACCCUGUGUGUCUUAAGUGACAUCUGCAGUAUUUCCCAUAUGCUUCAUAUAUACAUAAAACACCAGAAGUAAUAGGGCUGUUGGUGAAUUGUUGAUCACUACAAUCUCUUUAUUUUUAUUAUUGUGGUUUACACUAUUGUUUAGAGAUUUUAUUCGUUUUGCUCGUUACUUCAUUGUGAAAUCUUCCACUGCCCUAUGGAAUUCUGGGAUGCAUCUUUGAAAAUCUGUUUUCGCAAAUAAAAAUAAAAAAAAUCCUUUAUUAAAGUUAUUUUGUCACAUGACCUGCAACUCAUGGAUGAACUGAAGCUACAGAAUGUUACUACACACUCAGGUAACGAAACAUAAAAUAAUAAUAAUCAUAAUAAUAAUAAUAAUGUAUCAUAUUUUGGACUAAGAUUAUAAUGCAAUUACAAGUUUUUUUUUCUUUUUUCUUUCUUGUCUGCUAUGUAAAUUACAACCAAUAAUAAAUAAAUAAAUAUUUAAAUGGUAGGAAA